AGAACUACAUUUCCCAGAAGCUUCGUGGACUCCGCUUUGUUGUUCAGCACCGGGGGCGCUGGACCACUCCAGCUUCUAGGCAAGGUUGUGGCUUUGCUGAUACGAGUGAGGAGGACAUGGUCACUACCUGACCUCUCGCGGGCUGAGAAGGGGCGCCCCGGCAGCGUGGCAGGUGCACCAGCGACAGGGGGUGACUUGUGGUCUUGAGCGGCUGCUGGAUGCCUGUCCCGGAGGAAGAGGAGACGCUCCUGCCGCUCGCGCAGAGAUGGCCCCGAGCGAGCAAGUUCCUACUGUCCGGCUGCGCUGCCACCGUGGCCGAGCUAGCAACCUUUCCCCUGGAUCUCACAAAAACCCGACUCCAAAUGCAAGGGGAGGCUGCUCUUGCCAGGUUGGGAGAUAGUGCAAGAGAAUCUGCCCCCUACAGGGGCAUGGUGCGCACAGCCCUAGGAAUCGUCCAAGAGGAAGGCUUUCUUAAACUGUGGCAAGGAGUGACACCUGCCAUUUACAGACACUGUACUCUGGAGGUCGGAUGGUCACCUAUGAGCAUCUCCGGGAGGUUGUGUUUGGCAAAAGUGAAGAUAAGCAUUAUCCCCUCUGGUUCUGACUUUUGUAUUAUUAGAAUUUUGUGUGUGAUCCAGUUCUUUAAGCCUAUGUUAAGGAAGAAAUCAGUCAUUGGAGGGAUGAUGGCUGGUGUUAUUGGCCAGUUUUUAGCCAACCCCACCGAUCUAGUGAAGGUUCAGUUGCAAAUGGAAGGGAAACGCAAACUGGAAGGAAAGCCCUUGAGAUUUCGUGGUGUGCAUCAUGCAUUUGCAAAAAUCUUGGCUGAAGGAGGAAUCCGUGGACUGUGGGCCGGCUGGGUACCCAAUAUACAAAGAGCAGCACUUGUGAACAUGGGAGACUUAACCACCUAUGACACCGUAAAACAUUACUUGGUAUUGAAUACACCACUUGAAGAAAAUAUCACAACUCAUGGUUUAUCCAGUUUAUGUUCUGGACUGGUGGCUUCUAUUCUGGGAACACCAGCUGACGUCAUCAAAAGCCGAAUAAUGAACCAACCUCGAGAUAAACAAGGAAGGGGACUUCUGUAUAAAUCAUCAACUGACUGCUUAAUUCAGGCUGUCCAAGGGGAAGGCUUCAUGAGUCUGUAUAAAGGCUUUUUACCAUCGUGGCUGAGAAUGGAAGACACUGUAUUCCACAGAGACUGCGAUCUAUAGGGGACAGCACUUUGUCUUUCUAUGGAAACCCAAGUUUUCUUUGACUUCUCUUAUCUAAAAGGAAUCUGGUCCUGAUUUCGCAAGGCCAGCCAGUGAGCUCCAGCAUGGUGUUUUCUAAAGAAGAAUGGAACCUGAACCAUUUUGACCUUGGGCCAGAAGGUUUGGCCUUUGAGAUGCUGUUCUGUGCAGAAGAGCCUACUUAGAGGAGUGCCAGAGGGAGCCAGCAUCUCAGAUCUGAAGUAGACACUAGAAAUGUGGAAGACUAUCUGUGUAGUGCUUAGGAAACACAGUUAUCCUGUACACCUGCAUUUAUCACUGAAGUCUAACAACUCCCUUUGCUGACAUUGUUAAAGUGUACAUAUUGUAAAUUAAAGAGAGGUAAAUGAAAACACAUGAAUAAACAUUUUGAGUUUCCCUCGUGGUAAAGGAAGUUGAUGAACCUUUUCUUGCGAGGAGGAUGGAGAAAAUAAAGUCAACUAGAGCUGAUGUUGAGACUGGAAGGAAAGAAGCUGCUUGCUGUCAGUGCCCACCUUCCAGCUGUGCUGUACACUUAGCAGUUUCAUGCUCACAAGUCACUUCCCCUGACAACCCCAGACUGAGUCUCAGUGAGGACAGAACAUUUGCUCCUAUCUGUCAGUAGCUCCAAGAAUCUCAACAAAUAGGAAUCACAACUCAUAUAACUAAAAUUCCACUGUUGAGGGCCAUUGAUGAAGCACUUUUUAGUAUCAUCGGCUUUUCAUUGGUAUAUUAGAAGGAGAACUGACAGGAAGCCAGUCAACUCUGACAUGUCAUUUCAUGUCUCUCUUUCCUAUCACUGAGAGAGAGAAUUCAGAUGUCAUGCUAAAACUGUCAGAAGCCCAAGUCUUUAGUUUGAUAACACUUGCCAAAAAUGUAAUAACUGUCUAAGUAUAAACUGCCUGUGGCUUAUGGUUAGCUCUUCAAUCUUUGCAUCCAGAUGCCUUUCUUGCUUUAGAAAGGUAAGAGAUUUUUCCAGAUUCACCUGUGCACACCUGGCCCCCCAGCCUCAGACUGUACAGUAUUCUUGGAUGGGUGGCUAUAAGUCCUAAAAUAAGGAAAAUUUAAACAACUCAGGUCCAAGGCAGACCUCGGAGCUAACCUAAUAGAAGUUAGGAUGGACAUAGAUGCUCUUAGAUGGAAAAACGUUUACAAGCACUGUGUUAUUACACUAAUGGACAAUCACUGCCAUUUUAAAAGGGGGGUGCACACUUUUAAAGUUUGAUCAAUGUGUUAUAAGUGGCUCAUUUUUCUACCUGCAGAAUGUGUAGUCUAAUCUCAUUAAAUCUUUAGAUUAUCUACUUUUUUUGUUAUAUUUAUCAAUUUGUAAUUUAGUUGCUAAAUAUAUAUAAUCUAUAUUAUAUGCUUAAGUUCCCAAGUAUUCUGAACCACUUUGGGAGAUUUUUGGGGUUUUUUUAUGUUUUGUAAUCUUUAAGAUUAAGUAAAGAUUGUAUCAAAAUAAUUACAUGCAAACUGGACUAUUAAAAUUGGUUUAGCUUUCUUGUUUGGUGGGUUUGGGAUUAAAAUAUUGCAUAAGUA